AUGGUGGUCAACAGGUCCUUCGCCACAGCAGUCAGAUUGCCUUCCUUGAAGCCUUUGUCAGUUCUCACUCCGUUCUUGAUCAAGCCGCACAUCUUCUCCAACACAAAGCUGGAAAUGAAUGGAAGCUAUUUCAUGGUGCCAGUCCCUUUCUGCCCGGACUUCAAGGCCCUGUCCGCUUCCAUGCGGUUCUUGUUCUUCUUUGUGGUGGCCAACCUAGCCGCAACCUCCCGCUACCUGAGCCACCAGGAUAAGGGAUGCCUUACAGUCAUCACCGGAGGUGAAGAUGCACUGCACAAGGAAGUAGAUGAAGCAACCCAGAUGUACUCGCCGCCGCCGUUGCCGCCGCUGCAACCAUUGCCGAUCGGAGAUGCGUGCGCAUCUUACCUGCUUGCAGACGGGAGGAGAAACUUGAAAUUUGGGGGGAGAGUGGAGGAGGGGGUAGAAAUAGACCAUGGGGCACGGUGGGAGAUACCGGAUUUACUAGCUAGUUGGCCAAGAAACAGCCCAGCGAGCUCCGUCCCGCCCGUGCUCCGGCGACGAGCUCCGGCGACGAGCUCGGCGGCAUCCUGGCAGGCCAGGCCCGCGGCCAGGUUCGCCCCACCCGUGGCUCGUGCGGCUGGCUCCGCCCGUGUCCGUGCCCGCCCCCGCCCGUGCCCCACGCGACCGGCUCCGGCCCCGUCCGUGCGCCCCCCGCCCUGCUCCGUCGCCGACUCGGCCGUCGCCGCCCCGCCCUGCUCCGUCGCCGACGCGGCCGCCGGCGCCCCCGCCCACCCCGCCCGUGCCCGACGUGCCCGUUGCGGCCCGCCCGCGCCCGUGGCCGUCGGGGCAAGCGCCGCCCCGUCCCCCGCCCUGCUCCGUCGCCGAAGCGGCCGCCGGCGCCCCUGCCCGCCCCCGCCCGUGUCCGUGCUCGUGGCCUCCGCCCCCGCCAGCACGGCCAGCUUCGGCCCGACGCGGCCGGCGCCGUCCCGCGCCCGUGCCCGCCCGCACCCGCCGCGGGCGAGCCCCGUCCCCGCCCGUCCCCGCCCAUGCCCGCCCGUCGAGCGGUUCUUGUGCAGCCUGAGCGCGUCGAGCGCCGCCGCGGCGUGGUCGGGCUCCUCGCGCCAUGGCCGCUGCGAGGCGUGA